UCAGGUCCUCCUGACAUCAGGGCCAGCGCUCUAUCCACUGCGCCACCUAGCAGCCCCACAAAAGUAGAAUUCUAAUGUUUUAGGUGAAGGAGAUCAAUCUGGAUCAUGUGAGUUUCAAAAGGUCAGAAGAAUGAGCCUGUGACAUCCUAGUGUCCUGGCAUCUCUGCAUUAAGGUUUUGUAGCCAGCCCAGCCUUGAUUCCCCAAGGAGCAAGGAGUGAUUUUUCAGGGUGACUUACUGGGCUCAGCAGAGGGGCAGCGGAGACAAGGACUUGGAUGCAAACUUGGUGGGAUCAAUGCUAUGUAGGAACUGUGCUAAAAAUGAUACAGGAGAGGAAUGGAUAAGUCUAUGGUGAUUGGACCAGUAAGAUUCAAAUUUCAAGAAUCUUAUAACCAAAGUGAGAAGACAAGAGAUGAAGAUAAAUCUUUACCUGCAGCUGGGGAUGAGAAGAUCAAAGUGGACCUAUGUUGGUGAUAACGGAGAGGAGGCCUGGCCAAAGUCCUUCCCUUCCUGUGGAGGAAUGUUCCAGUCUCCCAUAGAUUUCGACAGUGACAUCCUUCAAUAUGAUUCUACCCUCUCACCCUUAGUAUUAGAAGGUUACAACAUGUCUUCUAGUGAGCAGUUUAUUCUGACUAAUAAUGGACAUUCAGUGAAAUUGGCUCUGCCUCCAAAUAUGUACAUUAAAAGCCUGGGUCCCAGAUAUACAGGAACAGAACUUCACCUGCACUGGGGCAAUCAGAAUAAUCCCCAUGGCUCUGAGCACACAGUUGAUGGGAAGCAUUUUGCAGCUGAGUUACAUAUUGUCCAUUAUAACUCAGACAAAUACCCUGAUGUGUCCAUAGCCAGGGACAAAUCAGACGGACUAGCUGUUCUGGCUGUUCUUAUUGAGAUGGGUUCCUUUAGUCCUUCCUAUGACAACAUCUUCAUUCACCUUCAAGAUGUUAAGUACAAAGAUCAGAAAAUUCAAAUUCCAGGUUUUAACAUCCAAGACCUUCUUCCUCAGAACCUAAAUGAAUACUACCGCUACCAAGGUUCUCUGACCACUCCUCCUUGUUUCCCCAGCGUGCUCUGGACAGUUUUGCGAAAUCCUGUCCAAAUCUCCCAGGACCAGCUGCUGGCUCUGGAGACAGCUCUGUAUUGCACCCAUAUAGAUGAUCCCUCACCUCUGGAACUGGUCGACAACUUCCGAAGAGUCCAAAAGUUUGAUGAAAGGCUUGUACGAGUCUCCUUCCACCAAGAGCAAGACAUUCCCUACGCAGGACUGAGUGUGGGAGUCAUCCUCUCUGUGGCAAUAGCUGGUGUUUUAGGAGUCUCUGUCAUCCUUGCAUUAUCAAUUUGGCUUCUCCGACGGAAGAAGAGCAGCAAGAAAGAAGAAAAUAAAGGAGUUAUUUACAAACCUGCUGUUAAGACGGAGGCUGAUAUCAACCCCUAAGAACCCUCGACUCCUCUGAGGUCCUCAUCCAAGGGAAGAGCCUUUGCCUUGGACAAUUUGGGGCUGCUAGGCAUUCUCCAGAGCAGAUCAACCAAACACUCCCAUUGGUCUUGUUAUCUUGAUGUGACUUAAGUACUGAGUUAGGUGUAAAAAAUCAUCCCCUUAAGUUUUCACUGUUGGUAGCUUCAAUAGCAAGAGUUUUCCCAUCAGGAAGCAUGAACACUGUGCCAUUUGGCAAAUUGAGGCGAGAUAUUGAAAUGAUCCGGAUUCUGGAGCCACACGCUCAGGCACACCCUGGUGCCCAGAGCAGAAUCGUCUGCCAGUCCAGCUAGAUUAGCCCAACCACAUUCUGCUGAGGAACCUCUACAAUACCUUAAAGAUUACUGUACAGGGUCACCAGACCACGUAUCAGGGACUUACAUAGCACGCUAUGCUCUUGCCACCUCCUUUCAAAAACAGAGUGUAGUUAGAUUCUGUUUUUUACUACCCUUUCCUUUAAUUACCUGCAUAGCAUUGAAGAGUGUUAAAAUUAGAGCCCUACAAGAGGCAGAGGAUAGACCUCCAACUUUAAUCACAGACUUGACAUUUUCACUAACAACUCUCAUUUUUAUAGCCUUUUAAAUCUCACGACAAAGAAUGUAUUUGUCAGGGAAUGCAUUUGUCCCUUAAACCUCGCUUGAAAGGUCUGUGACCCUUUUGUUGUCAUGGAUCUAGAAACCCCAGAGGUCAUCUAGUCCCGCCCCCUAAUUUUACAGUUAAGGAAACUGAGGCCCAGGGAGAUGAAGUGACAUGCAAAGUGACCCAGGUAGUAAUGGUCCUAGGCAGGAUUUGAAUCCAGGUCCUCUGACUCCAAAGCCAGUUCUCUUUCCUCUAUAUUCCUGUUAGGCUAAAAUAAAUAGUCACUUUUCAA